AAUAUCGUUAAUGUGUAAAUAGUUGACGCUUAAAUGCUUGUAUUACAUGGAGAAUUACGGCAGAGCGCCACGUCAGUACCCUGCACGGACGUCUUGUUAGAGGAAAGCAACGAUGUGUGGGACAUCCUCAGAGAAGAGAGCCACAAUUUUUCAGAAGAAGAAGGCAACUCACACAGAAAGAGAAGUAGCUCAUCUUUAGACUUUUUACCUGUUUCAACAGCUAUGAAGAUCCGGUGCGGGUCGUGCAGGAAAAUCGUGAAAAGCGGCCCUAACUUCAUGCACUCGAAGAUCUUCUUUCGAGACACAGUCCUCGACAACACCUCCUAUAAGUGCGAGACUUGUAAACGCGAAACCGUUGACUCGCUCUACUCGCCUAACCUAACCUAUAACAAUCGUUUUGAAGCGGUGAAGUUCAAAUGUAGUAUAUGUAUGUAUGAGACAAAAUACCGCAGUGCUCUCAAGUCUCAUAUGUUGAAACAUAAAGACAGGUCGGAAGUUAAAAUGUAUAAAUGCGACUACUGUAACUAUGAAACCAGACACAAAACGGCAUUGAAACCCCACAUUUUGAAACACCAGGAUCCAUCGCAAGUUGAGAUGUUCCACUGCGACUCCUGCGAAUAUCAGACAAGAUACAAACCUGCUCUGAAGUCUCAUCUGCUCAACCACAAAGACCCGUCGGAGAUCAACAUGCAUUCUUGCGACAUGUGCGAUUACAACACAAGGUUCAAAAGUUCCCUCAACUCGCAUAUGCUCAAGCAUAUGGACCCGUCGGAGAUUCAGAUGUUUAAAUGCGAGAUCUGCACCUAUGAGACUAAACAUAAAACGUCGUUAAAGUCUCAUAUGCUUAACCAUAAAGAUCCGUCAGAGGUGAAGAUGCAUAAAUGCGAAGAGUGUGACUACAACACUAAGUUUAAGAGUUCCUUGAAGUCACACAUGCUAAAGCACAAAGAUUCUUCUGAAAUUCACAUGUAUAAGUGCGACUCCUGCGAAUAUGAGACUAGACAUAAAAGCGCGUUGGCGUCUCACAGUUUAAACCACAAAGACAACUCUGAGGUGCCACUUUAUCUGUGCAACUUGUGCCCUUACGAGACCAAGCGAAGGGCCAACUACAAAUUGCACAUCAUGACCCAUAAAGACCCCUCAGAAAUCCAAAUGUACACAUGCGAGACAUGCGGAUACAGCACCAAGUACAAAAGCGUCCUCAAAUCUCACAAAUUAAUUCACCAGGAUCCGUCAGAAGUGGAAAUGUACCGGUGCCACCUGUGCGACUACGAAACCAGACGGAGGCAAAAUAUAAAAAUGCACGUUCUGACACAUAUGGACCCCUCCGAAAUUCCCAUGUACACGUGCGACCACUGCGAGUACAAAACCAAGUACAAGAGUGCUCUCAAGUCGCAUCUUCUAAACCACAAAGAUCCCUCCGAAAUACAAAUGUUCAACUGCGAGAGCUGCGAGUACAAAACAAAGUACAAGUUCUCGCUCAAAUCGCACAUGCUGAGUCACAAAUCCGCCUCAGAAGUACCCACGUUCACUUGCGAGUUGUGCCCGUAUGAGACCAAGCGUAAAGCGAACUACCACUCGCACAUUUUAAUCCACAAAGACCCGUCUGAGGUCAAAAUGUUCGAGUGCGACACGUGCGAGUACAAGACAAGGUACAGAAGCGCGCUCAGCUCGCACUUGCUCAGUCACAAAGAUCGAACCGAGACGCAGAUGUACAACUGCGAUGAAUGUCCGUACGAGACCAAGUACAAAGGCGCGCUUAGGACACACAAACUGAACCACAAAGAUUCUUCGGAACUGAAAACAUACUCGUGCACUUUGUGCACGUACGAGACGAAACGUAAGAUGAACUUCCAUGCUCACAGUUUGAGCCAUAAGGAUCCGUCGGAGGUUCAGAUGCACGCUUGUGACACUUGCGAGUACAAAACUAGGUACAAAAGCGCGCUUAAAUCUCACGCCUUGGCCCACAAAGAUCCCUCGGAGAUUGAAAUGUACAAGUGCGAGUUCUGUGAGUAUCAAUCCAGGUAUAAGAGUGCGAUUAAGACACACGUUGUGAACCACAAACAACCCUCGGAGAUUCAGAUGUUCAAGUGUGAAAGCUGCGAGUAUCAAACUAGGCAUAAAGGUUCGCUCAAAGCGCAUUUGUUGAAGCAUAAAAGUCCCUCGGAAGUACCUAUGUUCACUUGCGAAUGUUGCCCGUACGAGACCAAGCGUAAGACCAGCUUCAAGUCGCACAUGUUGAUGCAUAUGGACCCCUCGCAGAUACAAAUGCACGCUUGCGACAAAUGCGAGUACAAAACGAAAUAUAAAAGUGCCCUUAACUCGCACGUUUUAUCCCACAAGGACCCGUCGGAGAUAAAGAUGCAUACUUGCGAGGUCUGCCAAUACACCACAAAGUAUAAAGGAGCGUUAAAGUCGCACAUGCUUAACCACAAAGAUGCGUCCGAGGUCACGGUGUACACCUGCGAGUUUUGUACGUACGAGACGAGGCGUAAGACUAACUUUCACAUACAUUCACUGUCCCACAAGCAACCGUCAGAGAUACAAAUGCACUCGUGCGACGUAUGCGAGUACAAAACAAAAUACAAGAGCGCUCUGAACUCGCACGCCUUGUCCCACAAAGACCCCUCGGAGAUACAGAUGUUCAAAUGUCACACUUGCGAGUACGAGACGCGGUACAAAAGCGCCUUAAAAUCACACGUAGCGAACCACAAACCCAACGAAGGGCAGUCGUACAAAUGCGACGGUUGCGAGUUCGAAACCAACAACAAAUCUACGUUAAAAUCGCAUAUUAUCACACAUAAAGAUCCGUUGGAGGUGGUUAUCUACACUUGCGACUCUUGCAGCUACGAAACGAAGCGCAAAACUAACUACCAAUCGCAUUUGUUGAUACACAAGGAUCCGGCAGACGUUAAGAUGUACCAGUGCGACGAGUGCGACUACGCGACGAAAUACAAGAGCUCCUUGAAGUCGCACGUGUUGAACCACAAGGACCCAUCGGAGAUCGAGAUGUUUAAAUGCGACAUGUGCAGCUACGAAUCGAGAUUUAAGAGUAGCCUCAAGUCACACAUUCUCAACCACAAAGAUCCCUCGGAAAUAGACAUGUUCAAGUGCGACGAGUGCGACUACGAGACGAAGUAUAAGCGCGCGUUGUCUUCGCACAAACUGAACCACAUGGACCCGUCGCAGAUUCCCAUGUUCAAGUGCGCGUCUUGCGACUACGAGACCAAGUAUAAGAACGCGUUGAAGUUACACGUGGCGCACCACAAGGAUCCGUCGGAAGUGGAGAUGCAUUCGUGCGAAAAGUGCGAUUAUAAAUCGAAGUACAAGUCGUGUCUGAAGUCGCACAUGGCGAAGCACGAGGAGCUUUCCGUCAUUUGAGUCGCUUUUACGUACGGCGGAGCUGCAAUGCGAUUGGAGAGGUGGAAGCCGGAGAUGAAAAACGCUUUUUGUCUCUUUGUUUCCAGCGGUUUACCGAGAUGGAACUGAAGAUUAGGAGGAAUUAUACCCACGGAAAGGGAAGAGUAGUUCUUACUUAAAGUGUAAAGAACUGAAAUUUACUUGUAUAGAGAAGAAUAUCGUUAAUGUGUAAAUAGUUGACGCUUAAAUGCUUGUAUUACAUGGAGAAUUACGGCAGAGGUGGGUGAAGUAGAUCUAAAAAAAAAGAAAUGUAUCUGGAAUGAUAGGGACUGUACAUUGAUUUAUGUAGGGUGUUAGGUAAAUAACUUUCGUAGAAGUAACAGUUGAUUCUUUGCAUCAUUUUGAAGAAAUUUGGACAUGUUAAAACUUCAAUGGCGCCCAACUGUAACUCCGAUCGUCACAUUUCGAACUUCGAACGGAACUGUAAAAUUUGAUAUUAAUUUUGCAAAUAAAGUGUAUAUGAUAUUAAAAUAGCUGUUUGCAGCAAAAACGUCGGUUAAUUGAAAAU